AUGCGCAGAAUAGCACGGUUACCGAAGCCGACCGGCGCGGCGGUGGUCGAGUCCACAGCAGCACGCCCCAGCAGCCAUUGCGCUUUCCGAUGCCACGCCACAGCAUCAGCGACGCCCUUGACGCCCUCAUCUGCCGCAGCAGCCCGUUUCCGGUCCUCUCGGCCCGCCUUUCCCCCCUCCUCCCUCAUACAUGGCCGCCUCUUCAGCACCUCGAUGGCGCGCCGCAGCGCCGACCCACAAAAACCAGCAGAGCCGACGACAGGCGUCGAGGCACUGAGCGAAGCAGAGCCACAAGAGCAGCUCGUGGCCGAUGCGUGGCCUGAGCUGCCCGACGAGUCGAGUACACUGGCUGUCCCGGGCGCGGUCCAGGUGGCGCCCUUGCCGAGCCAGAUCGCCGACUCGACAUACACCCCCGCCGAGUCCGGCGCCGGGCUGGAGGAGGUCGGUGGCCUCGAGGGCUGGUGGGAGGACGACCAGCACUGGGACCCGUCUCUGGAGUUCCGCGGCUUCGGGCCGAGGGCGCCCGUGACGGAUCCGGCCGUUCUGCAGGUGCUGGCGCGGCAGGCUGUGUCCGAGGCGCUGGCCGUGCAGCAGCAGCAGCCGCAGAAUGCAGAGCUGCUGACGGGCAGGGCCUGGGCGCGCGGCAGCGAUGGGCCGGCAGCCCUGGCCCUGCAGUUUGACGUGGCCGCCGACGGCAGCGUGGCGGGCGUGCACGGCGACGUGGCUGGUGUUGUGGCGGGUCUCCAGGCCGGGGCCGAGGCCGAGGCCGGGGCCGCAGAGGAUGUGGCCACGCCGGCCGUCGAAGAAGCCCAGGCGCUGGUUGAGUCGUGGGCCGGUGACGCCAGCUGGAAGUCUAUCUCUCUGCAUGACGUUGCCCUCAAGUUUGCGAUCAGCAAGCGCAUCCUGCAGCUGACGGGCCACCUGCUGGCCGACGCCCACCUGGUUGAGGCGCGCACUGUCGGCGACCUGCUGGCCGUGCUCGUGCGCCCGCCCAAGGCCAAGAAGCUGGCCGAGGAGCUGGCCGCCGACGGCCAACUGGCCGCGCUGCCCAACGUGUCCGUCUACGGCCGGCGCGUGACGCCCAUUGACAAGCACAAGGCCGUGGGCCGGUGGAAGGUGAUUGUGCAGGAGCUGGAGAAGCGGAACCUGCCCGUCACGGGCACUGGUGGCUACAGCAAGAGCGUCGAGCGCAAGUGGUCUUACAACUAG